CUACGCGGUUUGGUAGGUAAGCUCACGGGGCUCAGACCUGGGAGGAUUUGCUCACACUGGCCAUAGCAAGAGCUGAACCUACCACCGGAUCGGAAUUGCUCAGUUUACACUAACCGGUUUCUUCAGAAUGUCGUAUUUUGGAGCCCUAUUAACUAGAACUUGUUUUAGAAUUGGGUACGCAAUAGCUAAGAGGCUGGGAAGUGAAGGUGCUUCCGUAGUCAUCUGCAGCCGGAAAGAGAGCAACGUUGGGAAAGCUGUGCAGAGCCUCCGAAGCGAGGGCAUUACAGUGGAAGGAGUCGUCUGUCACGUCGCCAAUCAUGAACAAAGGAGACGAUUAUUUGAAGUGGCCACAAGUAAGUUUGGCGGAGUGGAUAUCCUGGUAUCAAACGCCGCGAUCAAUCCAGCGGUGGCUCCGAUCUUAGAUACCGACGAACAAAUCUGGGACAAAAUAUUUGACGUUAACGUGAAAAGCUCCUGGCUGUUGGCCAAGGAGGCGUAUCCGGAGCUGGUCAAGAGAGGAGGGGGCAGUAUCGUAUUCAUAUCUUCGAUUGCAGCGUAUCAACCAACGGAGCCUCUAGGUGCCUAUGGUGUUAGUAAAACGACGCUCCUUGGACUUACGAAGGCGAUAGCCAACGAAACAGUACACGAGAACAUCAGAGUGAACUGCGUCGCUCCCGGGAUCGUCGCCACAAAGUUCGCAUCCGCGAUAACAAACUCCGAGGCUGGGGCGGAGAAGAGCCUAUCGAAUGUCCCAUUGAAAAGAUUCGGGAGACCAGAAGAAAUUGCUGGUGCCGUAGCGUUUUUGGCUUCGGAUGACGCCAGCUACAUCACCGGAGAGACUGUUGUGGUUGCUGGAGGGGCGCCCGCACGACUUUGAGUCGUCGCUAGUGUCCACCUGAAAUAAGUUUCAUGCGAAUUUCAGAUAAAGGCAUUGAUGACGCAUCUGAGUCAAUAAAUAAAUGAUAUAAAUAAACUUUU